AUGUCAAGCCAUGACCAACUGACUCAUUUGGGUAAGAGUCUUUCUUUAACUGCAUCCACCUUAUUGAAUCCCUCUCAAGCCGAUGAUCAUUCAUUAACUAGCAACCCACAAUAUAAAAGCAUACUACAUGAGGCUGUUAAUAAAAACGAAGGAGGUGCAGGAACACUGAUACGUAAGAUGAAGGACUUGAAUUUACCCUUUCAAGAUAAGGAACAGGAUAAGAGUGGAUUUCAAGAUUUGUCACUGGCGAAAGAUGGAAAAUCAUAUUUUAAUAAUAGAUAUACUGAUUUAAGAACAAGUUUCAAAAUCAUGACGCAUCUAAACGAUGAAAUACUGAACGACAUUCCGUCAGAUGUCUCUAAAUCUACUGAUAACGGCAGAAAGACCAUAAAAGCCGCUGCAGAAAACGCUACAGAUCAAGGACCUUCCUUAUUUCAAGGUUUUGAAGCAUCCAUACCUAUCAUCGAUCAAUUAUUGACUUAUGAUGCAAAUGAUGAUGAUGAUGAUUCUGGACCUUUAAUGUUAAAUACCACGGAAGCAGAAGAGAAAUUUUUGCUACCUAACGGGUUUACGCAAGAAUUGAUUGGCAGAUCAUACUCAGUGAAUGUGCUAAGAGAUUUAUCUAAACAGGUUACCACUCAAUUAGAUUUCUUAGAGGUUCAAAAAAGAUUGGCUGAAAACGAAAUUAACGAAUUGGAUUUAAAGAUUGCCAAAUUGAAAAUAAAAAGAGAUAAUGUCUUCAGUAAAAUUGCUACGGUUGAAGAAAAUGAGUUUUUCUUACAAGAUAGUUUGGGAUUAGUUCAAGAUCGUCUAGAUUUUCUGGUAGAAUAUGGUUUAGAAGCUAGUGAUGAUAAAACAGAUGAGGAGUCUACCAUUUUAGGGGCAGGCAGGAAGGGAGCUGGUUCGGUAUCAACCGGUCUAGGUAAUGAAGUUAGUUCAACACACCCUAGCAAAGAUGGAUCCAAAUAUUUAUCUGCGGAUAGUAAUGGAGAUAUUGCCGACAAACUAGGUCAAUUCUAUCAUAACCAAAAUAGAAAUUCCAGGAAAAUUACUCCAACCUUACAGCAAUAUUUUGAAAAGGGCAGUAUGAUUAAUACGAUUCAGAAAGCACAUGAUGAUAACAUCACUUGUUUGGAUUUUGAUUUACCUUUUGGAACAUUAUGUACAGCUGGCCAUCUGGAUCAUGUAAUUAAAAUAUGGGAUCUUUCUAGAAGCAAACAAAUUGGUCGCAUGACUGGCCAUGUGGCUACAGUAAACUGUAUGCAAAUCACUAACAAUAUGCUUGUUUCUGGAGGUAAAGAUGCUCUCCUAAAAUUGUGGAAUUUGAAUGUCGGAGUUCAAUCUUUCAGAAACGUUUUACCCACCAAUAAUUCAAACUUAGAACCAAUCUCAUCAUCUGCAUCUUGUAUUCAUACGUUUGAUUCGCAUGUCGACGAGAUUACAUCUGUAACUGUUGCUGGUGAAAACUUAAUUAGUGGAUCCCAAGAUAGAACUAUUCGUCAAUGGGAUAUUCCUUCGGGUAAAUGUCUCCAAACCAUAGAUUUAAGUUUUGUUGCCAUUGCCUCUCCGCCAAUACAAGUUACUGACUCCCCCUUUUUAACAACAACAAAAGCAACUGCAAUCAUUGGGGCCUUACAGUGUUUCGAUGCUGCAUUGGCAACAGGUACUAGGGAUGGAAUUGUGAGGCUUUGGGAUUUAAGAGCUGGUAAAGUUGUCCGCGCCCUGGAAGGACAUUCUGGUUCGAUUACCUGCUUAAAGUUUGACAAUAAAAACAUUGUUACUGGGUCAAUUGACAAGACAGUACGCAUAUGGGACUUAAGAUCUGGUAUUCUUUCGGACAUGCUAACUUUUGAAAAACCUGUUCUGUCAGUUGAUUUUGAUAAGAAUAAAAUCGCCAUUGCCACACACGAUGAAGCUUGUAAAGUAUACGAUCGUCAACUCAAUAAUCUCCAAACAUGCACCUCAACUGAUGAAGCAAGUACCUCGGAUCCCACCAUUCCGGUAUCUACCGUUGAAACCAUGAGUUAUCAAAAUGGUUACUUAGUAGAAGGCCGAAGCGAUGGGACUAUUAAUUCAUGGGCAGUUUGA